AUGACUGUCAGAAGAGAGUUCCCAGAAGAGCAGAAAAAGCAGUAUUAUAAGCUCUGUGCAGAAGACGAUCGCCUUGGUGACAACCUUGCCAAGUUUUCUGCCCAAUUAGAACUCGAAUUACGCCAACGCCGUACAAAAUAUCUCACACGUCACGAAAUUAGCAAACUCAAUCCUUCAGUUCCAGUAUAUCAAUCAUGCGGAAAAGCUUUUAUUCUUGAUACAGUUCCAAAUACAUUAACAACACUUCGUUCUGAUCUUGCUCAGGCUGAUAAGCAUAUUUUAAUGAUUAAGAAGACUGGUAUACAUAUCCAGGCUCAACAAGCUCAAAUUAAGGGUCAAAUUAAUGAGCUUUUAAGAUCUGUCUUAAACAAAUAA